UGACAUUACAUCUUACAACUGUGUUGCUUAGUGACAGAGGUCCUAGUCCCAAUUACUUUGGGUAAGUGAAGAGUACUUAUAUGUAUAAAAUUAUCAUUCUAAAUCCCAGGAAGCUACAGAUGCCAAACAUAAAAUCAGGGAGUAGCAACUAUUCUAGAGUAAAAGCUGGAGGAAUGAAAUGCUCAGCUGAGCUUCUAAGGAUAAGCUGGAAAUACAAGCUUAUUGUCUAGACUCUAGAUAUCUUUUCAAAAAGAGUCCAGGAAGCACGGAGUCCUCCAAAUCUGGGGGAGAAAUUCAUUUAUGCAUUUUAGAUAGUGAUUAAAACAUGAAAUGGUUAUUUUUUCCUUUAAUAAGUAGUAUGGCCAUCUCAAGGUUACAGCUUGCUUCUCUUUAGCCAAUAUUCUCAUGGUGGUCAGCAGCCUCUUCUGUAAACUUCUUCCACGGACCAAAUUUGCAUCCUUCACCAGCAAAGCAAUGUGAGCAUUUUCCCCCUGUAAUUAUCUCAUGCCCAAGUGCUAUUCAGAUGAGGUGCACUCCUUGACAGAAAAGUAAGUCCACCAUGGCUUCGACUGGCAUCUCUGAGUACUUCCUGGGUUUCAGUUUCAGUGUUUGAAUGGAAGGGCUAACGUGAUUGGUGUUCAACAACAAGGGCGAAAGCAAAACCGAUGCCGAUUGGUUGAAAGGGAAAAGAAAGUUAAGACAGGGAACUGUCUCCCUUGAGGAAAGAAAAAACGGUUGCUUGGUUACCUUCUCUGUACACAAAGCCUGGCCUGCUUCAUUCUCUGCUUCUCCAUGCUCCCUACAAAGGUUAUGCUUGUAGCACUCCAGCUAUGAAAAGCAAGGAAUGAAGGUAUUUUUUUGCCUACUCCUCCAAGUAUAAUUAUCUAAUAGAAAUCUAGGGGAUUUUGUUUUCGGUGAGCCUCAGGCCGGUUGGCAAGGUGUUCGCUAUUAGACUCAAAUCCAUUUUGGGUCCACAUGAAAAAGGAAAAAUCCUCUAGUGUUUUUCUUCUUGCCACUUUCCCCCCAAUUACCUAUUCAUUCUGCUGGCUCAAACUGAAUGCAAAAUUGUCUUCUAAAUGAAACUACAAGAGAAGAAUAGAGGCUCCUGAGAACAUGUUGCAUUCAAGAGCUUUCCUACUAUUGGAAAAGGAGUUUGUGGAGCUCAAGCAAGCAAAUAUAUUUGGCAUUAAUGUUAUGGCUAUAGAAGACAAUUGGAUGGAAUGGAUAGCUGAAAUUGAAGGCCUGAAGGAUACCUUAUGGGAAGGUGCUGAACUUCAGCUGUCGCUGAAAUAUUCUGAAGACUACAAUUCCAUGCCUCCAACCAUCACAUUCACCACUAUUCCUUUCCAUCCCAAUGUGGAUCCAGAAUCUGGGAGACCUUGCGUGGAUUUUCUAGAUAACUUUAGCAAAUGGAACACUAGAUUCACAAUGACUAGUAUUCUACUUACUAUCCAGGUUUUGUUGUCCAAUCCUGUUCUGGACAAUGCCGUGAACCUGGAGGCAGCUCAAAUGCUGAAAAACAAUUAUCCCCUCUACAGAGAAAAAGUUGUACAGUGUGUUAUAAAUAGCAAGCAACUCGAAGCCAUUGCCAAAGAUUGGGAUACGUCAGUCAAGUUUUACCCAGGACCAAAAGAACCAGCCCCGCAUAGGACAAGAGCGAUAUCAUAUGAAGAAUAUUUUAUAACAUGGUUUAAAAUUGCCACAUCAAGACCAGCUGAAGAUUUUAAACACCCAGUGUUUGACGAUCCGGAGUACAUAGGAAAUCGUUACAACUGGAUGGCAGAGAAUGUGAACAGAGGCAGCUGGGAUGAAAUUUU